UGUAUAUACCUAUUUUGUGUCACGCUUUUUCAGUCAAUAUCAGCGGUCUAGUAGUAGUAGAGUUUUUCUUUCAUUAUCUACGAUCUACGACCACACCACACACACAAAGAAUUUUCAUUCAUGAAAAUAAUAUACACAACACAAUCAAUGAAUGUGUAACUUUGUGAAUUUUGCUAAAUUUCCAAUAUCCCCAUUUCCAAGAGAUAAAUACGUAUUCGUUUUUCUAGUAAAAAGCUAGCCUCCAAAUGCAGAACAUAGCUAAAAUGAUCACGGAACAGUUGCGCAACCCCAACGAGCUGGAUAUCAACCUCAGAAUGGAGUUUGGCCCUUUCGAAACUGUACAUAAAUGGAAAAGAAUGUCUGAGUGCUAUGAAUUUGUUGGAGCCAGGAGAAGCAAACACACAGCUGUAGCAUACAAAGAUGCAAUAUAUGUAUUUGGAGGUGAUAACGGCAAGUCAAUGUUGAACGACCUGAUCCGAUUUGAUAUCAGGGAGAAAUCUUGGACUAAGAUGGGGUGCAUGGGAGGGCCGCCUGCACCACGGUAUCACCAUUCAGCAGUGGUGCACAGAUCAUCAAUGUUUGUGUUUGGGGGAUACACAGGUGACAUCUUAGCCAAUUCAAAUUUGACCAACAAGAAUGACUUGUUUGAGUACAAGUUCCCUAGUGCACAGUGGGUGCAGUGGAAGUUCACGGGACAAGAGCCAGUGCCGCGCUCAGCGCACGGAGCCGCGGUGUACGAUGACAAGCUCUGGAUCUUUGCCGGGUAUGACGGCAACGCGAGGUUGAACGACAUGUGGACUAUCAACUUAGUGGGUGAAAACCACCAAUGGGAGAAGGUAUCCCAAAAAGGUCAAUGCCCCCCAACUUGCUGUAAUUUCCCUGUGGCGGUCGCCCGCGGUAAGAUGUUCGUAUUCAGCGGUCAGAGUGGCGCGAAAAUCACCAACGCGUUGUUCCAGUUCGACUUUGAGACACACACUUGGAGCCGCGUGUGCACAGAGCACCUGCUGCGCUGCGCGGGCCCCGCGCCCGCGCGGCGCUACGGUCACGUGAUGGUGUCGCACGCGAGACAUCUGUACGUGUUCGGGGGCGCCGCUGACAACACGCUGCCGGCCGACCUGCACUGCUACGACUUGGACACGCAGAUGUGGUCUGUAGUACAACCAGCGACAGACUCUCAGAUACCUUCGGGGCGGUUGUUCCACGCUGGAGCGGUCGUCGGCGACGCACUUUAUAUAUUCGGCGGAACUGUCGACAACAAUGUGCGCAGCGGAGAACUAUUCAGAUUUCAGCUAUCAAACUACCCUCGAUGCACACUACAUGACGACUUCGGUCGCGUGUUGAAGUCCCAGCAGUUCUGUGACGUCACUUUGCUGCUCGGCGCUGAGAAAACGCCAGUACUCGCCCAUCAAGCUAUGCUCGCCGCCCGCUCGCAGUACUUAUUGUACAAGAUACAGGAAGCGCGGGAGGAACUAGCUAAAAAAAUCGCGUCAGGCGAAGAAAAAGCUUCAGAAGUAUAUUCCUACAAGGCGAAGCCCCAGCUCACUAUAAAGCUCCCCGAGGCUACCCCUGAAGCUUUCCAAAUGGUGCUCAACUACAUUUAUACUGAUAGGAUUGAUCCCACAGAAAAAGACGAAGACCCGGCGUCGCCGGCGACGAUCCUGCUGGUGAUGGAGGUGCUGCGGCUGGCGCUGCGCCUCAGCAUCCCGCGGCUGCGCACGCUGAGCGCGCGCUUCCUGCGCGCCAACCUCUGCUACAGCAACGUGUUGCCUGCGCUGCACGCCGCGCACCACGCCGGCCUCGUCUGCGUCAAGGAGUUCUGUCUCAGGUUCGUAGUGAAAGACUACAACUUCACGCCGAUAGUGAUGUCCGCGGAGUUCGAGGCAAUGGAACAGAGCCUCAUGGUGGAGGUGAUCCGGCGGAGACAACAGCCGCCGCCCAAGCUGCCCGCCCACCACGACUGCGACGAGGAGAUACAAGGCACAACCCUAGAACAAGACAUGUGCGUGUUCGUGAGCGGCGGCGGCGCGGAGCUAGCGGACGUGCGGCUGCGGGUGGGGGGGGCGCUGCGGCCCGCGCAUCGCUCUAUCUUGGCCGCUAGGGCCGCCUACUUCGAGGCUAUGUUCCGAUCGUUCUCGCCGCAAGACAAUAUCGUCAACAUUCAGAUCUGCGACACGGUGCCGUCGGAAGAGGCCUUCGACUCGCUGCUGCGCUACAUCUACUACGGAGACACUCACAUGCCCACUGAAGACUCAUUGUAUUUAUUCCAAGCGCCUAUUUAUUACGGCUUCACCAACAAUCGUCUGCAAGUGUUCUGCCAACAUAACCUCCAAAGCAACGUGUCGCCCGAAAACGUGCUGGCCAUACUGCAGGCCGCGGACCGUAUGCGGGCUUCCGACAUCAAGGAAUACGCGCUUAAGAUGAUCGCGCACCACUUCGGACAGGUUGCAAGACAAGACGCGAUCAAGAACUUAGCACAGCCGCUCCUGGUGGACAUCAUUUGGGCCCUAGCAGAGGAGCCCCACUUCGACACCCCCCUCCCGCAGCAGCCCCGCUCCCUCCCCUCGUCCGCCUCCGCGGACACCCUCACCGACGACCCGGACUACGUCAGGCACAGAUCCGGAAAGUCAUAGGACAUGGGCCAACAUCGGAGAAGCAAGUCUUCCGAAGAUGGCGCGAGGAGGCGAAAGGUGCGCGUCAAAUGCAUCAAUGUGACUGUGUGAUCGUAAUCGGUCGAGUGGGGGGAUGGGUGACUUAAUAUCGUCUGUUAUUCUUUAAAAAGUUAAGCAUAUUUUAAGUUAAUGUUGUUGCUAUUGUACUUUACAUUUUGACAUUGACGCAACGAAAACAUGUUUAAGCUUAAAGAAUGCUUCAACUUUGCAAAAUCUGGAUUAUUAUCUGAUUCUAGCCCAAGAAGACUAGGUACCAGUGAAACACUAAAAAUGGAGUGAGGCUUAAAUACAAAAAAUUAACAUAAACAGACAAUGGGCGUAUAAUGGAUGUGGGGUGAAAAUCAUUUUUAAAAAUUCAAGAGAGUGGUCAUUUUUUUUAAAUCAAGACAGUGGAGUGGCUAUUGUCCCGCAGUGGGAAAUGCUAUAUCUACUAAAAAUAUACAUAAGGGUGUUUAAGGGGAGACCUAAAAUUAUUGAAACUGUCCAGAGGGCCUUCACAUGUGAUAUUUGGUAUCCUCAUGCAAGCCUCUCAAUAUCAAGCCUCUGAAUAUGCACUCUGAAUUUCUAAGGAAGAAUCAAUUUUGUGUAAGAUAAAACUUAUUUCAUUGUUAAUUGUAUAAGUUUUAAUUUAAACAAACUUGUAUUUGUUUCAAGUGUAAUAGCAAAAUUUUGCACAAAUUCAUAAUUUCUAUAGAUUUAUUCUAAAAUAUUUGAUAGCAGAUUAAUUAAAAAUACUACAUACAUAAUGUUGUUAAUGAUAUUUUUAGAAAGGUCAUAUCAUUACAAUUUCUAGGUCAAGUCAAAGGAUGUUGACGUUACAUCAAGUUGUUCAAAUGUAUUACAAAAAAAUAGUUGUUCAGAGUGGUGAGUUCAUAUAUUUCAGUCUAUUGGCAACAAAACAAGCUUUAUGAGGUUCAAUAGUAUU